UACCCCUGGAAGAGUUGGAGCAAAGCAUAGUUCAGAGUCACUUCUGGGCAUCCAUUCGGUGGACAGACUAUAAUCCAUGGAAAAGAUGGUUCUCUCUCUGUGUGGCUUCUUCCUGAAACCAUGGGUGCUUUUGCUUAAAAAGAACAAAUCGGGACCGAAAACUGAGUUCUGAAAUAACACUGUGAGCAGACCAUGAACAGACCUCCGAAGCCAUCUGGCCAUACACAACUUGAAUGCUGGCAUUCUCACAGGGGAGCAGCAUGCCGCGUGGGCGCCUGAUUUAAAGAUGAAUUAUCCCCAGGCAGAUAGGGAAGAAAAAGCACUGAAUGAUGAGCUGGAAUGUAAAAUCUGUUAUCAGAAGUUUAAUGUUCACAGCAGGAAGCCCAAGAUUCUGGACUGCCUCCAUCGGGUGUGUGCUAAAUGCCUGACAAAAAUCCUCCACAUGGGAGAUGGCUCCCUAUGCAUCAGCUGCCCCUUCUGCCGCCAUGAGACUGAACUGCAGGAAGAGGAAGUGGAAGGCCUCCCCGACGACACAAACGUCAUGUCCAAACUUGUGGCCAAGGACAAAACGGCAUGGAGUUCGGACUGCAAAGAAGUGGUCUUGACGCCCAAAAACCUGGCUUCCUCAAGCCCUUCUAAUGGGUCCUCAAACUGCCUGGUGAUAACCAUUAUGGAAGUGCAGAGAGAUUCCAUGAGGACUCCCAGCCAAAACACUCUCUCGGAUUACUACACCGAUCACAGCCUUGAGUCGGCAUCUGUAAACUCUCACAGCCAUCUCGAUCAAGAUAUUUUCUCUAAACUCUGCAACCAUGUCCCCAGGAUACUGGUGUGGCUGCUGGGGGUUUUCUACUUCGGUUCUUUGCCACUUGGAAUAUAUUUAUUAGUGAUUCAGAAAGUGACCCUUGGGAUUGUCUGCGUCAGUCUUGUUCCAUCCAGUCUAACAGUGUGUCUUGUGUACGGCUUCUGUCAGUGCCUCUGCCAGGGAAUGUGUGAUUGCUCCUCUAGAAACUGACACUUUUUAAAUCAGAAUUUUGGAUACUGCUAACAACAGAUCUUCAAAAGUGUGGGCUAUUAAAAAGGUGUGAUUAAAAGAAACCCCUCUAUCUCACUAUAACAAGCAAACAACAAACUUUGUAAAAAAAAAAGAGAUCUAUCAGUAGAUGCUCGUGUCCACCAGUUGAUCACCCUCUCCCUACAUCUGGUCACACUCUAGCACGUCCAAGAUACAAAUGGGUUAAUGACAUCCCUUUAAGUUCGAAAGAACGAUGUAAAUUCUACAAUCUGAGGGCUACAAUCUGGUAACACAGAUGACGCUGCGCAAAACUAUUUCUCCCUCCAGACUCUGGCCUCACCAGAAAGGGUGUGUGUCAAAUCUUAUUCCAAUGGUGUGUUUACUUUGUUCAAAAGCUUGCCUAACCAUCUGGCAUUGGGUAACCCAUUAUCUCACUCUAAGGAAGAAAAAUGCCACCCAUCCCCUCCCAUCAGUGGUCUUAAGGAUGUGAAAUGUAAUUUAAAUAUUACUCCUACCCCAAAAAGUAGAGGUACCCCAUAGGAGCACAGACCUGUUUGAUGUGAGAAAACAGACACGACCAGGUUUGGAAGAACAGGAAUGUUCUGCCUCUUGAUCUACCUGAGAGGAAGGUCUUCACCGCUGGCUGGAAAUUAUAGGAGAAGGUGCGAGAAUGCGGUUGGGAAGGGAUUGGAAUUCUCUCACCCCUGCUCGUCCCUAAUCUGUUUAUGAAUUUUGGAGGACCUUUAGAUGGUGUGGAAUACAAUGUAGAUGUAUGUGAAGAAAUAGUCUGAAAAUCAUGCUGUGCAACUGUUUGGAAUGCUCUUAAAUAGCACACAAAAGUGAAACCUACCCCUUACUGUGUUUAGAACUCGCAGAUUGUGUCUGCAUGGUGGGAGAAAAUGUAUAUUUUAAACUAGAGCUGCCUGAUUAAAAAGUAUGACAAUUAAAAAAAACUAGGGGGGAAACAUGGAAGGAUCUUAUAGCAGUCUAAAAUAAAAAGGUGUCCAAGUCGUUAUAUGGAUCUACUUUGGAAUAAUAUGCUUUCACUAUUUAAAAUAGGACAUAUUUGCUAGAGUACAGUUGCUAGUUAUUUUUUCAGAAAAAAAAAUACACAGUUAGGAUUGGGAUAAAAUCUACUGUGAAAUGGUGUUGUAUUUCUGUGUGCAAUCCUGUUAGGCUUUUGGUGAAGUACAGUCAACGCUGAGACUUAGCCAAUAGACUGAAGCUUUCUAUACUUAACAAGUAUUAUUGGGUACAACCCAGCAUUGGGUACAACCCUUCCCAAGAUUAUUGGGUACAACCCAGCAUUUGAGAAUCAAGCUGCAGACACUUUGUGUGCCAAAACUGUCCCUGGUUCCAGGACACAACGCCAUCAGCAAGUGAAUCCAGACCUCAGGAGCUGUAUCCCUAUGGAAGUUCCAAUCCUGUAGCUGGCUACAGAGAAGGGAUCCAAGGCUGUUUUUAGCAGAAGAUUCCAGGCUGCUCCAAUGCACAUAGAUACUGCUGCUAGGAACACACAAGGGGCUGGAGCCAGGCUAUUGCUCAGGAAAGGGGUGUCUUCUGUUGCUGGAUGUUAGGGGGCUCCCCAGUAGGGGGUCCAGGGUUUUGUGACUGCUUUGUCCACUCUGUCUGCCUCCAUGGUACUAGCUGAAACCAUGGGUCUGGCAAAAGCAUCAGGUGCAGAGAAAAAGGGGGUUAACUACACCACGUUCCUGUUCCUCCCAAGUCUCUCCUUUGCAGCCUGGGGAGGACCCGGAACCCCUUCAUGUGCACAUGCCAAACACCCUUCCCUGACUUCUCACACCCCUUUUGCGAGAUAGUCUGACUGAUCUGGCCCAGCCACAACUUAAAGGAGCUAUGUUUCUGGAGCAUUUGAAGCCUCCUGAUGAGCUUCAAAGUGCCUUACUACACUGGGUUAAUAACAAGGUCUACUGCUGGACUAGUAGCGGAAGCUGAGGCUAGGACUACCUUUUACCAGGUUUGAUUGGUUAGCCAGUUGCAGCCUUUCCUAGACAGAAAAUAUCUGGCCGCUAUGGUACACACUCCAGUAACAUCUAAAGUAAAUUACUGCAAUGUACCCUCACAUGGGGCGGCCCUUGAAAAGUGCUCAGGAACAUUAACUGUUACCCAAUUCCGCAGCUAGGAUGUUGACCCAAACAGGGACCGUACCACUCUGGUUUUGGCUCAUCUACACUGGCUCCCAAUUUGUUUCCAAGCCUAAUUCAAGGUGAUGGCGCUGACUUCAGAAUUCCUAUGUGGCUUUAGACCAGCCUACCUUAAGGACCACCUACUCCCAUCCAAACCUGCCUGACCAGGAAGGUAAUUUCGGAGGCUCAAAGUACCAAAUCUAUGGAACUCUCCCCACAAGAAGACUGUCCCUUCCUGUUGCCAUUCUCUUCCAGCUGAUGAGACCUUUGUUUAAAUUUGUUAUUCCCCCUGCAAUCCCCAAUUACUGCCCAAUGUUUUGUUGUUUCUAUGCUUUUGCACAUAUUUUAGCUCUGGUUUUGUUAGCUGUCAUGGUGGCCCUUAUGAGGGCAGAAAAGUGAGAUAUAAAUUUCACAAGAUUAAUAAAACAAAUAUGGCAUAGCCCUGCUUGUGGAAUUUCAGAAUACCUUACUCUGCUGACGGAGAACAGGCCAACUUAUUGGCUGCUCUACUAGUUGUACAUCCUCUGCUUCCGUCCUGAACAUAAGUAAUUUCCAGAAGCUUUGCAAAGCUUCCUCGUUUGAUGGUCUUGGUUCAGUUUCUAAGGAUAAAAGCCUGUUCUGUACUGGAAAUUCAAUUUCAUUACUAUGAUGUAACAUCCUUGUAUUCUGUUAUUUAGAAGAACAGUCCUAAUGAAACUGGAAAGCAAUUAACUUGUUUGCUCUUUUUAAUACAGUGAUUUUUCAAAAUUA